AUGACUUCCCUAUUACAGCUAUUUUUUAUAAUUUUGCUUUCUAAAGUAGUAUAUAUAUCAUGUAGUCAUGGUAUAAAAUGUUAUCGUGAUCGUGAAGUAUGUUAUCUUUGGAUGACAUCUAAUGAUAUUGUGUUUAAAACUAUUGUUCUUGGUUUUCUCAAACCUCUUGAAGCACUUGAUAUUGAAUUUGAGGUUUAUCAAUGGGAGAAAUUGAAUACUAAAAUACAAAGUGUAAACGCUAAAAUUCGUAAAUAUGUUAGCAAAAAAGAAACAAAAAUGAUUUGUCAAAUAUUAAACAUAAAAAAAGCUUGCUCUUAUUAUGAAACAAAAGUUUUAUUAAUUCCAAAUCCAAAUACUCAAAGUUCACCAGAAUAA